AUGCCAGAUCUCUCAACAUUAUCAACCGUACUUCCAAAAUUACCCACGGUAUUCUCAUCCGUAAUCGAUUAUUAUCGUUACGGACCACCACAACCAUCAUGGGACUUGAAGUUCUAUUUGACUUACAGAUUUUUAAAAAAAUCGUUUGAUUUAAUGUGCGAAUAUACUAUCGAAUAUGGUCAACAAGGGUCUUUUGCAAGUUUUGGAACCAUUGAUGAUGAUAUACUUAUCAAUGAGCUGACAUUGUCAAAUUCACUUCGUAAAAAAUCACAAAUUUACAUUGAUGAGAUUCUGAAAGAUUAUAAUCAUGUGCUUCUUGAUGAUUGGAAGAGUUUUGGUAUUGGGAAUGGAUUAGAAUGUGAAUGGGUUUACGCCAAGGAAAAAAAUGAAAAAAAUGAAAGCAAUGAUAAAAAGAAAAAAUAUGAUAAAGUUAUUUUGUAUUUACACGGUGGCGCAUAUGCUUUGUGUUCCGCCAAAUCUCAUCGCAUGUUUACUUCUAAAAUUGCAAAACUUGCAAAUGCAAGAGUAUUUGCAAUAAAUUAUAGACUCGCACCACAAAAUCAAUUUCCUGCCGCUUUACACGACUCGAUAACCGCCUACAAUUAUCUUAUUAACCCACCAAAAGAUGCCAAUUUCCUACCAAUUGAACCCAAGAAUAUUGUAAUUAUGGGUGAUAGUGCAGGUGGUGGUCUAGUAAUGGCAACAUUACUUGCUAUACGUGACUCAAAAUUACCUUCACCAGCCGGUGCUGUUAUGUGGUCACCGUGGGUUGAUUUGUCUCACUCGAUGCCAUCGGCAAUGGACCCAAAAUUUAAUGAAUCAGAUUAUUUGACGGAGAAAAAUUUUCAAGGUAUAACAUCUCCUGCGUGGGAAGAAUUUGAACAAAAAGCGAAAAACUUGACUGAAAAAAUCCAAUUUAAUGUUGAUAAUAAACCAAAAUUUUGGCAUAAAUCAUUUGAUCACGAUGAUCGUUUACAUCUUUAUGUGUCUAAUGAAGGAGCAGCAAUUCCAUAUGUUUCUCCAUUAUUGGCCGAAAGUUUGGGUGGUUUACCACCGAUAUUAGUGCAAGCAGGCGAUGGAGAAAAAUUAAGAGAUGAAUGUAUUUACUUGGCCCAUAAAGCUGCUAAUCCAGGAAAGUAUAAUUUGCCCUAUUACCAUGCUGAAAAAUUUGAAAAAUCGCCUUAUAAAGCGCCCACAAAAGUUGUCCUUGAGAUUUAUGAAGAAAUGCCUCACGUCUUCCAGUUUAGUAUAUUAGCAAACGUAUCCUUGAAACGAUCGGUUGAAUUUAUUGAACAAUUAUUAUCAGGCGAAGAACAGGAGAAAGAAUUAAAGACUUUACGAGUAACAAGUAAAGGCAAAAUUAUUGAAGGGUUGACAGAGGAACAUCACAAGGUGCUCGAAUGGGAAAAUGUUGGUAUUGCGCUCCGCAAAAAAACAAAACUAUUUUGUAAACCGGUAAACAAUGAUAAAUUACCAGAUGGAAAUCCAUCUGGCAAUAUUUUCAUUAAUACAAACCCCACAAUUCCAAAUUGUACCAAUCCACUACCAAUUGACAGCCAAGAUGUAUUUCAAAUAUUAUAG